AUGCUUUUAACUGCCCUAUUGCAGAUUUUUGCCUGCUGCCUAGUCUUGCCAGCUCAAGUUUCUGCGUUCUAUUUUUAUACCACUGGUGCUGAGCGUAAAUGUUUCCAUAAGGAAUUAUCGAGAGGUACCUUGUUUCAAGGAACAUAUAAAGCACAAAUAUAUGACGACGACUUGAAGGGAUACAGAGAUGCUGGUGCGCAAGAUUUCGGUGUCGUAAUCGAUAUUGAAGAAACAUUUGACGACGACCAUUUAGUUGUUCAUCAAAAGGGUUCGGCAAGUGGUGAUUACACUUUCAUUGCACUAGAAUCAGGUGAACAUAAGGUUUGCAUCCAGCCCGAAGCUGGCGGUUGGUUGAUUAAGGCUAAAACCAAGAUUGAAGUUAAUUUCCAAGUUGGUACAGAUGAAAAAUUAGACUCUAAGGGGAAAACCACUAUUGACAUCUUGCAUGCCAAAGUUAACGUUUUGAACUCCAAGAUCAGUGAAGUCAGAAGAGAGCAGCAAUUGAUGAGAGAUCGUGAAGCUACCUUCAGAGAUGCGUCAGAAUCCGUAAAUUCUCGUGCUAUGUGGUGGAUUGUAAUUCAAUUGAUUGUCCUUACAGUUACCUGCGGCUGGCAAAUGAAACACUUGGGUAAAUUUUUCGUUAAACAAAAGAUUUUAUGA